AUGGAGGAUAAUACUGAUUGUUGCUUUCAAUGUAUAUUUAAUGGGUAUAAAUCUGAUGGGCUUUCAGGAGGUGGUCACAUGACUAUUUUCCUAAAUAAUCAAAAAUGUGAAUGUUGUGGUGCUGCAUUAAAGGAGCUGAUGACGGAAGAACAGAUUAAAGCAUUCAAUGAUCUGCAAACUGAUCUGAUUGGCCCAGAGGAAGAGGCUACCCUUGAUCCACCAACACGGGAUGAAAAUGGAGUAUUAAGGGGGGGAACAUGGUUUGAAAGGACUGGCGCAGUUGGAAUCAAUGGAACCCGUUGCUAUCCCAUGGGUUCCACAACCCAGCGCACACGCGCUAUGUGGAGUCCCCACUGGUUUGGCAAAUUUUUUGACUUUAUGGAUGAGCAACUAGCUUUUAGAAAGAGGGUUUUAGAUACCUCCCUGGUGGGGAUGGGGGUUUUUGGGCAAAUGCAUGGUCACCGUGACACUGGAGAUGAUCCUGCAGGUUAUACCUGCAUGAUGUCCAACACCAAUGUCCCAGAAGGUGGUGGAACUGAAAUGGGAAGAUUCUUUGUUCUGAACAAUCUCAUUUAUGUGAAGAUGGUUCGCUUUAGCUUGCCCAUUUUCAAUGGGCUCUUCUUGCAUGGGGGCUCACCAAUCAUUCUUGGACAUGGCGUCGAGUUGAAAAAAAACUUGUAUCGGAUCAAUGCUGUUCUAUAUUCACCACGUUUCAUGCUUUCUGGAGCUGGUCAAUACUCUAUUGGGUUUGCCAAGGCGACAUCAUUGCUCACCAAUAAAGGGACAAUAACAAGGGAGGCUAACUUUGUCCACGACGGUAUAAUUCUUAUGGAACCUAAGUCAUUGUUCAACUUUGUUGUCCGGGGCCUACUUCAAAUUUCUGCCUAUAUUGUUCGUCAGCUUCCAUUGCCUAUGGGUGUACGAAUAGACCAGGCAAAGUUUACAUCUGCAUUCACCAUGCAAGACAAUAUGACAACCAUCGCUGCUGAACCUUGGCCUGAAGCUCCAGAUGGUUCGGUCUCUGAUCUCAUUUUACCAGGGGAGAUUGAGGUUGACGGGAUGGAUCCAUCUAUCAAAGCAGCUCAUAUUCGCAAAAAAAUCCACAUGGAAUGGAUUGACCACAAAGCCAAUAUGGCCAGCUUUAUACCAUCCCAGUGGGGCCACGUUAAGGACUACACAGAUACGACCAGCCAAGAUACAGAAGUUGAUAGGCCAAAACGUGAAUGUCUUACCAUUGUCAAAUUGCUUCACACUUAUGCUUUCUUAUAG